UGAUGGAGAACAGGACAGAGGUGACGGAGUUCCUCCUGCUGGGGCUGACUGAUGACCCACGCCUGCAGCUUCCCCUCUUCAUGACCUUCCUCCUCGUCUACACCAUCACCGUGCUUGGGAACCUGGGGAUGAUCCUGCUGAUCCUGCUGGAUGCUCGUCUGCACACCCCCAUGUACUUCUUCCUCGGUAACCUGUCUCUGGUGGAUUUCUGUUACUCUUCAGCUGUCACUCCCACAGCGUGGGCCAGCUUUAAAGUAGCAGACGAAGUCAUCUCCUACAAUGCUUGUGCCACUCAGAUGUUCUUUGUCACAGGCUUCGCUACUGUGGAAAAUUACCUCUUGGCCUCCAUGGCCUAUGACCGGUGUGCAGCAGUGUGUAAGCCCCUGCAUUAUCCCACCACCGUUACAGCAGGGGUGUGUGCAGGUCUCGUCAUAGGCUGCUAUGCUUGUGGCUUCCUGAGUGCCUCCAUCUACACUGGGAACACGUUCAGUCUCUUAUUCUGUAACUCCAAUGUGGUCCACCAUUUUUUCUGUGAUAUUCCAGCAGUCAUGGCUCUCUCUUGCUCUAAAAGACAUGUUAACGAUCUGGUUCUUAUUUAUGUAGCAACCUUCAAUAUCUUUUUUGCUCUUGUUGUUAUCUUAAUAUCCUACGUACUGAUUUUUAUCUCUAUCCUGAAGUUACGCUCAGGCACAGGAUAUCAGAAGGCUCUGUCCACCUGUGCCUCCCAUCUCACCACAGUCUCCAUCUUCUACGGGACGGUCAUCUUCAUGUACCUGCAGCCCAGCUCCGGUCACUCCAUGGACACUGACCAAAUCGCCUCUGUGUUCUACACCAUCGUCAUCCCCAUGCUGAACCCCAUGGUCUACAGCCUGAGGAACAAGGAGGUGAAGAGUGCAUUCACAAAGAUUGUUCUGAAGGCAAAAUAA